GAAACUUGGGUCCUGCAAAAGCAUCCCUCCCCGGAAACCAUCACAAGACCACUUGAACACUCCCCUCCUCCUUCCCCUCCUCCAUUCCGUCUUGGGCUAUAUCCUCCAAAAUACCAACAUCACUGAGAGUAGACAGGGAGAGAGACCAGACACCCCAGAGAAGUGUCAGGCUGGUAAAAUGUGAGAACACUCCGUCUUUCUCGCUUCAGCAAACGAGCGUGUCCGAAACUCUCCUCCCUUUUCCCGGAGGGGGGUUGAUGUGAACGCACAGGGCUGCGUUGGCUUCUCGUCACACGCUCGCCAAGACCUCGCACAUAUUCAAUCGUGACGGAUUCGUCCCUUCGCUCCACCACUCCUGUUUAAGAUUCCGCAGUUGACAAGACGGCGCCUUGCCCUCCCCGCCUCUCUCAUCAGACUUAUUUUGCGCCGAAAACGGGAUUCUGUCCGCUUUUCUUUGGGAUUCGACCAAGUUUUCCCUUCCGAGGAGUUUUACAAUGACAGCUACCAAGGAGCAGCCGAAUCAGAGACAGAAUCAACCGCAGCAGGAUGAGGACCUGGGUGGAGUGAGUCCUCCUCAGAGGAACUGGAAGGGGAUUGCUAUCGCUCUGCUGGUCAUACUGGUGGUCUGUUCCCUCAUCACUAUGUCUGUCAUCCUCCUCACACCAGCUGACAACCAAGCUGGAAGUGACACUAAAAUGACUGUGGAGGAUUUGUUCAAACCCGAGUUCAAAGUCCAUGACCCGGAGGCCCAGUGGAUCAAUGACUCUGAAGUCAUCUACAGGAACAGUGACGGCCAUGUCAUCAAGUUCAACAUCCUCACAAAUGAAACAGAGAUUGUCCUGACAAACGGCACAUUUAUUAACUUCAACGUGGCGAAGUAUGCAGUCUCCCCUGACCUGAAAUAUGUGCUCUUCGCAUAUGAUGUGAAACCGGUUUAUCGCCACUCUUACAUGGCCUCCUACAGCAUCUACAAUAUUCACACUCGGGAGGUUUGGGAGCUGGACCCUCCUGAGGUGGUUAACUCAGUUCUCCAGUAUGCUGCCUGGGGGGUGCAAGGCCAACAGCUGAUCUACAUAUUUGAAAACAACAUCUAUUAUCAGUCGGAUGUCAAGAGUAACUCCCUUAGGCUAACAUCCUCGGGAAAAGACGGGGUCAUCUUCAAUGGAAUUGCUGACUGGCUCUAUGAAGAGGAGAUCCUCCAGACCCAUGUGGCUCACUGGUGGUCUCCUGAUGGAGAGAGGUUGGCCUUCCUGGUUCUCAAUGACACUUUGGUUCCCAACAUGGCUUUACCUCGCUUCACUGGCAUGACAUACCCAAAAGGAAAGCAGUACCCCUACCCCAAGGCUGGUCAACCCAACCCAGCGGUGAAGCUCUAUGUAGUCAACCUUUACGGGCCGACGCACACGUUGGAGCUCAUGCCUCCAGAGACACUCAAGCUGCGGGAACAUUAUGUAACAAUGGUGAAGUGGAUCAGCAAGACCAAGACAUCUGUUAGAUGGUUAAACCGGGCCCAGAACAUUUCCAUCCUGACUGUGUGUGACACCACCACCGGAGCCUGCGUCACGAGACAUGAAGAAAGCUCUGAGCUCUGGCUCUCCAAACAGAAUCAGGAACCCGUGUUUUCCAAAGAUGGCAACAGAUUCUUCCUCACAGUGCCGGUCAAACAAGGAGGACGAGGAGAGUUUCAUCAUAUUGCCAUGUUCACGACACAGUUCAGAGCUGAUCAAAAUGAAGUCCGACAUCUAACGUCUGGAAACUGGGAGGUGACAAAGAUCAUUGCCUUUGAUGAGGACACCGAUAACCUUUAUUUUCUCAGCACUGAGGGUUCACCACGGAGACGGCAGCUUUUCAGUGUUAAAACUGUGGGCCUGUUCCCCCGACGGUGUUUAACAUGUGAACUGAAUAAAGCCCACUGUUUGUACUUCGACGCUGACAUCAGCCCCACGAACCAGCACAUUAUCCUCGACUGUAAAGGUCCAGGAGCACCUACUGUGAUCCUACACAGUCUGAAUAAUUCAAAUUACUACAUCCUUGAGAACAACUCUUUGCUGAAGGCAGCCUUGAAGUACAAAAGGAUCCACCUGACAGACUUCAGAACUGUUCCAAUGGAACAUUUUGAUUUACCUUUGAAGAUCUUGUACCCACCAGACUUCUCUGAUUCCCGCCACUAUGGACUUCUGUUGGUCGUUGACGGCGCCCCUGGAGGUCAGGCUGUGAGUGACCGUUUCUCCCUCAGCUGGGACUCGGUCCUCGUCAGCUCUGACAACAUCAUUGUGGCCCGUCUGGACGGCCGGGGCGGCGGCUUCCAGGGUCAAAGGAUACUGCACGAAGUUCACCAGAGACUGGGAACUGUUGAUGUUCAGGACCAGAUUGCAGCAGUGGAUUACAUGAUGAAGUUUCCAUACAUUGACCGGACAAGGAUAGCAGUGUUUGGAAAGGGAUAUGGAGCCUACAUAACAUUAAUGAUGCUGAAGUCUACUGACAGCCUGUUUAAAUGUGCGUGUGCAAUGUCACCAGUGACCGACUGGAAACUCUAUGCGUCAGCGUUCUCUGAACGAUACCUCGGCAUGCCAUUACGGGAUGACAGCAGAUAUCAGUUUUCCAGUGUGCUGCAGAAUGUUCAAGCUCUUAGGGAACAGACACUGAUGCUGGUGCAUGGCACAGCAGAUGCCAAUAUCCACUUCCAGCACACUGCUGAGCUCGUCAAGAACCUUGUGAAAGUUGGAGCAAACUACUCAAUGCAGAUCUACCCAGAUGAGGGACACUUCCUGUCUCAGCAGAGUCGUCAGCACCUCUACACCACACUGACCAGUUUCUACAGGGAGUGUCUGAAGGAGGAGUUGCUACCACUACCCGAUGAAGAGGAGGAAGAAGAGGAGUAGGAAUGUGUCUUUGGGAGUCAGACCUUUGGCAGAGCUUGAAAAAUUUUGCUGAUAUCCGUCAAGGCCUUUCGUGUUUGGACCAAGUGUUUAGCCAGAAAAGGACACUGGGGUAGAGCUGCUGAUGCUCCCAAAGUGUGUAUGUGUGUGUGCGUGCGUAUGUGUGUGUGUAUGAGCACUCCUGUGUGUGUGUCUGUGUAUGUGUAAAUGUGAUGAAAAAGAUAGCUAAAGGACACAACAAGUGACACUCGCAUUGCCGGGACUUGAGGCGCGAACUGUCGUCUAGCAUAGAGUCAUUUCAGUUUUGGGACGCUCAGUUUCUCGGCAAAGCACACUGAAGAUCUGCUGCAGGUUCUCCGAGCUGCAGUCAUUCACACUUAACCAAGUGCAUGGUUCUUUUUCCCCCCUUCGCCUUUCAGCUUCACUCAUUCUUGCCAUGUCAGUCUCCUUUGUGGUACUGCGACACUUUGGAAGACAAGAACACCGAUAUACACCUUUGAUCUCACUUCUCUUUUGGUUGUUGUAUCGUUGCACAAGGAAAUGCUCCAGUCAUCUGCAAAAAUGUUUAGUCACGCAAGUUCACUACAACCUGAGCAGAUCCUGAAUAAGUGCAAUUUCCUGCUGAAACCCUCUGCCAUCGCCCACCCUGAAUGGAAACAGUGUUUAGAGGUCACACUUUAUUGUACAGCAGUCUUGUGUAGACAUGUACAAUGCCUUAUGAGGUUCAACAUACUGUAAUAUUACUUGCUGGCAGUGGUAGUCAUCCAUUAGCAGUGUCAUGUUAACCUAUGUCAACUCAGGUCCUCGAGACACGGUGUUGCAGUCAGUUUAGAAACUCUUAAGUUUGGGAUGAAGAUAACAGGUUUAUAGGCCAUAUAGUAAUUUCAGUUUCAGGCCACACUGAAAAAGCUCUCCAUCUUAAUAUGUGAUUUGAACCCUUAAAUCAAAUUGCACAAGUUUAAAAAGGUGUGAGAUCAUUUUCCAGUGCAUCUCCACCAGAGUAAAGAACCAUUUCACGUAUUUUUGGACACUAAAAGACAUUCAAAAAAAGAACUAAGAUGGGGAAUUUUACAGUGUCAGUAAGGUGUUUGCAUGUCUACAGGGAAUGUGUCAAGUGUUGCCACAUUUUGUACAGUACAAUACAGCAGAGUGUGUACAUAAAUAUAUUUUUAAGAUGUCAGAUCUCAUAGAAAGUUUAGUCUAUGGGGAUGGAUUGAUUUGACCUGGACGUCUUGUACUUUCAUUUCUUUUCUGUUUUCUUUCAAGCUGUUGAUUUUCUUCUUAGGAUGGAUUUUGUAAUGCUUGUUCUUGUUCUUUUUGCUGUUUUAAAAGGGAAGGGUUGAGGGUUGAGGUUUUGGGGUUAUUGUGAUUGUCCUCUAGUGAUGAUUAUAAAUAAUAAAUAAUAAUAAUAAAAAAUGUAAAAAAAAAAAAAUUAAAAAAAAACUAAACAAAAAAAAACAAACAUUUGAUUUAUUCUGGUGGAUUGAACACAAAUAACAGAGAACCAAAUCGGCUGCAUUUGUUUGCAGGACUGAGCAAUUCAAUCUAAAGUUUCAUUUGUUUGUUACCUUGGCAGUCACAUUAAAGAGACCCAGUCAUCUGUCAUGGCCAUGGGCUACCUGCAUUAAUGAUUUAGCAGGCAAGAUCUUCUUAUUUAAAGUCAAACAUACUUGCAUCAACACUGCAUGUCUGUGUGCAUUAAUCACUGCCUGCACUUACAAGCCUGAAUGACCAAGCAGAUGUUAAUUCUUAAAUUUGUAGUAGCCAGCAAAAUGUGUAACAGCUAUGGUGGUUCAGAGCUCAAAACAAACAUUAUUGGUCGUUUUUUAAGGAGGAAUGCAUCAACAUGGCAACCUAGCCAGAUGGAAGAUGUUGUGAAAAGGUCUAUUUUAACACCAACAGUGAUCAGUAGGUGUUUAAUUUCUCCACGUGUCUCUGUGGAUUCUCUCUGGGAAAUCAUGCUUUCUCCCACAGUCCAAACACAUGCUCAUUAGGUUAACUGGUGAUGAUAAAUUGACUGUAGGUGUAAGUGCGAUGGACUGGUAACCUGUCCAGGGUGUAGCAUGCUUCUUGGCCUAUGGCACCUGGGAUAUGCUUCAGCUCCCAAAUUGGAGAAGCAUUUAAGAACAGUGCUUGGUUGCGUGGAACUACAAAGCAACAAGCCAGUGUUUUUCAAGUGCCAUUCCAAAGCCCAGAUAAAUCGGGAAGGUUGGAUCAGGAAGGGCAUUCAACAUAAAGUAUUUGCCAAAUCAAGAAUACAGAUCACAAAGAUCAGUCAAGGCUUUAAUUUUAUUUAUGUAGGACGAAAUCACAACAACAUUCCACAAGGCGCCUUGUAUUUUAAGGUAAAUACCCUACAAUGAUAUAGAGAAAAACCCAAACAGCAAACAACCCUCCCUCUGAGCAAGGACUUGGCGACAGUGGCAAGGAAAAACUUCCUGUUUAAAGACACAGGAUGGGGUGAGGGUGUGUUCAAAGGAAGUGAGAGAAGACAUGCAGAGGGUUAGUUUGAGCAUUUUUAGCAUUUGGCUUGAACACCACCAAAGUCUAGGCCUCACCCUAAAAGAGUAACAGAAGUUAAACAUAUACUGUGUAGAGGAUGAAAAAAAACCUUUUAUACACAUUCACACAACAAGUACCCACUUUUAAACAUCUGCAAACAAACAAUAACACUGCUCUUAUCAGUCUGAAUGUUACUCUCCUUAAACAUUUUUUAACUUGAGAAAACAAUGUGAUCACAACAUCAGUUUAAUAACUGCAGCACAUUUCCACCACAUAAUAUGAUGUUUUAAAAGUUCCCAAUGAUGAUCAAAGUGCAUUUUACUUGAAUUCCCUUUCCUUACUAGUAAUACUUUGAGAGGUGUGCUUAUUUGCUUAACAUUGCCUUGUUGUCAUUCAGUAUUGGUCUCAUAUCUAAACGUCUCAGCUGAUGUUUAGAUGUAUCGCUGGGAAGCAUUGUUAUGGAUUCUCAUUGGAUGCGGCUAAUUGGUAAAUUUGCAGAACUGGUGCUUCUAAUUAACAUAUCUUUUCGUAAGCACCACUCUUCUUUUCUAAAGGCAAUACUCAGAGAGCCAAUCCCACCACAUUUCUUGAAAAUGUUCAGAUUUUUUGACCUUCAUGUCUUAAAGUGAUGCUGGAUUCAUGUUUUUCCUUACUUAGUUGAAUGGUUUAGCAGUGCUAUGUUAGUACAGCAACUGACACUAUGUCAGCAUAAUAUAACUGAUGAUAAUACAACUUAUAAAAGCUGGAAAAAAAAACUUGAACUAUUAUGGAGAUUCCCUACUCAUCAGCUUUUAAUCUGCAUGUCAUUUGCUAUGCUUAGCACAUCCUGACAGCUCUGUAUGAGCCCCAGCUGCAAAAUUGCCAUUGAUCCAGUCAUAUCACUCUGUAUCG